AUGGAUGGCAUUGUUUUAGAUGGAAGAAGGCUUCUUUGUGUACUUGCUGUUAGUCAAGAAGAGCUCAGAGAAAAAUCAAAUGAAACAAAAAAGCCAUCGGAUAAAAGGAAUUUAAGGCUUCUCAAAGUUGGUUUGAUUUUGUCUAAUUCAGCAGAAGCUGAGGGUGUUUCUCAAGCUGAUAUGGCAAAGAGAGCCCAGCUUGAAAUGGUAAAGAAGCAGAAGUUAAAAAAUGUCAACUUUUUUGUGUCUGAUAAGAGACUAAUGAUUCAUAAUCUUCCUAAAGAUUUUAAUGAUGCUAAAUUACGUAACUUAUUCAAAAAAGCAUCAAACCCUAGAGCUGUUAUUUCAGAGGCAAGAGUUAUGAGAGAUUUCAAGAAAAUAGGUAGUCAGGGUGCUCCAGUAUCUAGAGGAUUUGGAUUUGUGAGCUUUACACAACAUGAAGAUGCUCUAAAAGCUCUUUUAGAACUUAAUAACAAUCCAAACGUAUUCACAUCUCAAAAGAGGCCUAUUGUGGAAUUUUCUGUUGAAGAUAAAGUAGCUCUACUAAGCAAACAGAGAAAGUUAGAAAAAAAUCAAAUGAGAAAUAAGAAAAGGCUUGAAGAAAAGAUGGCAGAACGUGUUAAAGAUAAUUCAAAAUCUGAGCCGCCUUCCUGUAACUUGGAGUUUAAUGAAAAGAAGCGGAAACAUAGUAAUAAUGCUAAGAAUCAAAAACAGAAUAGGUCACAGAAGACAAAUCAGUCUAACAUUUUGGAAAAGAAAUCAAAAAGUAAGGCACCAAAUAAAAAGAAAUUGAAGAAAUAUGUCUCUGACAAUGAAAAACAAAACUUGUCUGCACUUGUAAAUAAGUAUAAAAAACAGUUAUCAAAUAAAAUAUGACUAAGUUAAUGUAGGCUUUUUAUUCAUUAUCAGUAAUUAAGUAUAAAAUUUAUCUGUUUUAAGAUAAUGUAAUUAAAAAUGCAUUUUAAAUAAAACAUUAAUUGUUCAUUUCGUA